AUUGGACAGCGCGUACUAAGACUAUGUGCGUAUCAACCUAAAAGAUGUUCGGACGAGGGAAAAGUAGUCUCUCAAAGCCAAAAAAGGUUCAUUCUCUUGAAAAUUUGAAAUAUCUUCACUCCGUGUUACAAAAGAAUCGAGCUGUUAGUGAACAAAACUAUGGGAUACUAGUUGAAGCUCUUCGAUUAAUUGCAGAAAUUUUAAUCUGGGGUGAUCAAAAUGAUAGUUCAGUCAUGGACUUUUUUCUUGAAAAGAAUAUUCUGGAGUACUUUUUGCAGUAUAUGAAACAAGAUUUAAGUCGAAGAAUAUGUGUUCAGUUACUACAAACUUUAAAUAUCUUAUUUGAAAAUAUAACAAAUCAAACAGCUAUCUAUUAUCUUCUGUCAAACAAUCAUACAAAUGCUAUCAUUACGCAUCGUUUUGAUUUCACCGACGAAGAAGUGAUGGCUUAUUAUAUUUCCUUUCUAAAAAUAUUAUCCUUUCGUCUCAACGUAAAUACCAUCAGCUUUUUCUACAUUGAGUCUCGUCGAGAGUUUAAUUUAUAUGUUGAAGCGAUUAAAUUGUUCGCUCACCCGGAGGGUAUGGUUCGUAUUGCUGUACGUACUAUCACUCUAAAUGUACAUAAAGUUAAAGAUGAAGCUGCUUUGGAGUUUAUUCACCAUCAGACUUCGUUAAUUUACUUCUCACAUCUUGUGUGGUCAAUAGGUAAUACAAUAUUAGAUAUUGAUUGUCAUAAGUGUCAAACUAAGUUGAAAGAUUUAGUUGCAGAGCAUAUUGAUCAUUUACACUACAUAGAUGACUUGUUGUCACUGGGUAUAGAAGGUUUAAAUGAAGUACUGUGUGACCAGUUACUGAGGAGAUUAUUUAUACCGUUACAUAUCUACUCCUUAUUGAAGCAAUACAAGUCGGAUGCAACAACAAAUCUAGGGACAGUUCGUAGACCUCGUCUAUCCUAUUCCGUGACAGUGUUUACACUAAUUCAUGUGUAUUUAUUUCUACGUGAUACUCGACUAAUCUGUUUACUUACGGAAGCUAUUCUAAUUGGCGAUCUCACAUUGCCUGGCUUAAUAAUACCUUGUAAUAUACCAUGUUCCAAUUCACAAAUUGUCUUCAAUGACCCCACAACUCAGGAUUGUUCUGUAAGUUUUCAAAGAAAUUUAAAUUACGAAGAGACUGAUGAUACUGCAUCUGAUGAUGAUCCAGCAAUGAUCAUUGCUAAAACGUUAAUUGCUGCCACUGUGUCUUUACGAGCUUCUGACCAAGCAUCACCUGGGCAAAGAUUAACUACCUACUUAAUACAUUCAGUGACAUCCAAAAAUCCAUUGAUAUUUUCUCAACCUAGUGAAUCAUUAGAACAUGGAUUAACUCAAGCGAAAGGUGUAACACCGACAUUGAUGUCUGUUCUAUGGCCACCCAAUGUGGCUCCACUAAAACUAGUGGAGAAGAAUACAGAAACUUACGUUCAGUCAUUCAUUUCUUCAAAUCCAUGUGAAAAACGCUCAUCUGAUCUGUCACCAGGCGAUUCACAAAUACAAUCUCCUAACAGCUGUAAAGAUUCGUGUAUGGGUGUUGAUUUGGCUACUUUGAAACUUGCCCAAUUAAACGGUCCCGAUGUAAAAAAUGAACCAUCGUAUAAUUAUACACUUGUCACAAAGCUUAUUGAAUUAAUUGGUGACGCAUGUAAAGCUGAAAGUCGUAUUCGUUUAAUCACUGUACGAAUGGCUAUUCGUUUGCUAACAGACUUAGUAUAUAGCGUCAAUUGUGGUUGUCAAUUAUCCGAUCAACAUUUCGCUGAAAUUAUUAAUGCUCGCGAAGAAGCGAUGCUUGUAUUAAGGAGCUAUUUUGAGAUUAGUGCAAUAUUUCUAGACCUGUUUGAAAAUGAAUUACGUCGUAUUCAAUCAGCACUUCCUCUGCUAUCUACAUUAGCUACAGAUGCUCGUCUGUUAAUACAACCAUAUUCAUCAUUCUUGGAGCAAUCAGACGAGAUAACAAAACAUACUACUAAUGCUACUACUAGUAGUAAUAAGAUGCAAAUGUUGACAUGUAAUGAUAUGGAUUUAAUCUAUCGAUUACCGAAUAAUGAACGUGAGCAUAUUCAACGUGCAAUCGGGAUAUAUCUUAUUGUACAUAUUUGGUUAGAAAGAAUGCUGACUUUAAAAAUGAAUGUUACCUCAUGUCAAGAUGUUAUUGUCGAUGCUGAUAACAUUUGUUUAUCAGUUCAGAAUUCGGAGAUAUUUCCAAAUGAUUUGUUUUCCAAUCUUGUUGGUAUACCUGGAUUAGGAGGAUUUUGUAGUAUACCAGAUCCUAAAACAACUACACCUUCAUUAAAGGCAGGAGAUAGAUUAGACCUAUUCUCUGAAACACUGAUUGGAUGUACAGUGGAAUGUUCUGGCAUUCAUGAAAAACGUUUUAUAGUUAGUUGUGGUCAGCAGUUGGUUCUGGUAAAACCUGACUCAAAACAACUUGGUUGGGGUGUCAUAACAUUUAUUGGACCAUUACAAUUUAAACAAAUGUCAUCUAAUGAAUCUCAUAUUAAUGAAUUGAGUAAUGCUCAUAUUUAUACAGAAUAA